AUGACGUUAGCAGGACCUUGGAAGAACAUCAUAAGUGUGGGGCAAUUGGUACUACAUGCGGAUAUAGACCUCAAAAAUGCCGCUUCAGCAACAUGGGCUAGUGGGAAUAAUAUCCAGUUCUGGUUGGAUAGUUGGGCCGACCCGAUACCAUUUUAUGUUAAAUUCCCAGAGCUAUUUAAGGCUGAAAGAAAUAAAGAAUGUCUGGUGGAAGACCGGGUGGAUCUGGGUGACUCGGGGCCGAUGUAUUCAUGGGAUUGGGAGCGGCCUAUACUCGAUGACCCGGUAAUCCUUCAGUUACAACAUAUGAAGACUUUGAUUGAUUCUUUAGCUGUGAACAUGGGGUCGGACAAGUGGUCUUGGAAGUACGAUGCAAAUGGAUGUUUUACCGUGGCCGGUAUCAAGAAGAUUUUAAGCUCCGUUAACCGGGACAGCCCUGUACGAGCUUUUGAAUGGAAUAAUUGGGUUCCGAAAAAGGUCGCGAUUGUGGCAUGGAGGGCAGAAAUGGAACGGCUUCCGACUAAGUGUGCACUUGUGGCUCGCAAUAUCCCGGUUCAAGUUCAGGAUUGUGUGUUUUGUGGCGAGGUUUCCGAGACAAGUGAACAUUUGUUCGUUGCUUGCCAUUUCGCACAAUCUAUAUGGUUAAGUAUCGCGGAGUGGUGUAAUAUUCAGCCGAUCAUAGCUUUUGGGAUUAAUGAUCUACUUAGUAUACACGAAAUUAGUUCCGGAUCGUCGAAGAAGAGAAAGGCGGUCCAUGCAGUGGUGUUGGUGGCUAUAUGGUGCAUAUGGAAACUAAGGAAUGAGAUGGUAUUCAGACAAGGAGUUCCGAACUACGCAAAGACUUUGGAUGAGAUAAAAUCGAUGGCGUAUCUUUGGAUUAAGAAUAGAUCUAAAAUGGGAAUGUUAACAUGGGAGGAUUGGGGAAGAUUUUGUUUUCGCUAG